AUGCAAUCAUCAACAGGUUCCACAACAACACACAGUCUAGUAUCAAUUCAAGGUAUGACUUGCGGAGCAUGCUCAGCAAGUAUUACUGAAGCUUUGGAGAAACAAGACGGCAUUGAAAAGGCUUCGAUUUCAUUAGUUACUGAAGAUGGAUUGAUAACGCAUUCAGUCAACUACAAUCCAAAUGACAUAAUCACAGUCAUUGAGGAUUGUGGGUUUGAUGCCCAGUUACAAAAGAAAUCGGUUCUUAACACUAAUCCAGCCACAAAAUCAAACUCAAGGCAAACGAUACUAGGAAUAGUGGGGAUGACUUGUGGUGCAUGCUCUGCAAGCAUCACUGAAGCAUUGGAAAAGAUAAGUGGAGUGUCUUCCGUAUCGGUGUCAUUGAUCACUGAGGAAGCAUUGGUCAAACAUAGCUCUAGUGUAUCCGCAGAUCAGUUAAAAGAGGCAAUUGAAGAUUGUGGGUUUGAUGUGACACACGUACGAACUACUGAUGUAUCUAAUGAUAGUAAUGAUAAUCAACAAGAGAAUGGAAAUGAAACAAUACAGGAGAAUGAGGAAGCAUGUUUGAAAAUUAUGGGUUUACACCCUGAUAUGGAUUUGGUUGGCUUCAAAUACAAUCUAGAAGCACAUCUACAAAGUCUUCCCGGAAUCACAUUUUUUGAAAUCUCCUGGAACGACCAAGACGAUGAAGACGCAGAAGACAUAUCAUCGCUGCCAAGGACGUCAGUUGAAGAUAUGGCUCUUGGUGUGGGUAACGAAUUAACCAUGUCAUAUAUUCCAACAUUGAUAGGUAUUCGAGACAUUGUUGAUGGUCUUGACACCUUGGAUAAUGAAGUUAGUUUUGUUGUUGUCAACUCAUUAGACCAGUCUUCUGCUACUCAGCUCAAACUAUUAUCUAAAGUGAAAGACAUCAAGUACUGGUCCAAUAUUGUUAUUCAAUGUUUAAUCUGUGGCAUACCUAUUAUAAUCCUCGUCCACACUGAAAGAACUAGCUUUUGGAAGAGCACAAUGUUGUUCCGCGGUUUAUUUUUAGUGUCAUUGCUUGAAACGAUACUUGCUACGUAUGUGCAGAUCCGUUUAGGAGCAAAAUUCUUGCGCAAGUUCUCAAUAUUUGUUAGAAACAAGUUCAGGGGCGCAUCAAUGGAUGUUUUGGUGGCUAUUUCGACUAUGGUGACUUACGUAUUUUCAAUUGUAUCGAUUGUCAUAAGUGUAUGGAGAGGCAACAGUGAGAAUCCACCAAAAGUCUUGUUUGACACGCUUGUCAUGUUGAUCACAUUUGUGUCGUUUGGUAAGUUGUUGGAAAACAAGGCCAAGGGAGCAACAUCAUCGGCAUUGUCAAGUUUGUUGUCACUAACCCCUUCAAUUUGUACUAUUAUCACCAACCCAGGUCAAUACUUGAAAGAACUGGGAGGAAAAGAAGAUAAACUUCAACAGGAUUAUCAAACGAGAAAUGUUAGUAUUGACUUGGUUCAACCAAAUGACAUAGCAAUUGUAUUACCAGGAGGAAAAGUUCCUGCUGAUGGGGUCAUUGUAUUUGGUGAAUCAGAAAUCGAUGAAAGUUUAAUUACCGGGGAACCGUUACCUAUUCAUAAGAAAUAUGGAGAUUCAGUGAUUGGUGGAUCGAUUAAUGGGCCACAUUUGAUCCAUAUCCGGGUUACUAAAACCGGUAGAAAAUCGCAAUUGCAGCAAAUCAUCAACUUGGUCAAAGAAUCUCAAGUUAACAAAGCACCUGUGCAAAGGUUUUCUGAUUAUGUUGCUGCCCGAUUUGUUCCAUCGGUCAUUUUGUUGGCAAUUAUCACAUUUACUGUCUGGGCAGCCGUUUGUCUUACAAUGCAUAUAGAUGGGCUACCCAUGAUUUUCCGUCAAAAUGAAAAUGGUAAAUUUUUCGUGUGCUUACAAUUGGGGAUCUCGGUUAUUGUUGUUGCUUGUCCAUGUGCUUUAGGUUUGGCAGCACCGACUGCAGUCAUGGUGGGUACUGGUGUGGGAGCUUUAAACGGGGUCUUGAUCAAAGGUGCUGACAUUUUGGAAAAGACAACUUCGAUCAAUAUCAUCUUGUUUGAUAAAACGGGUACAUUGACCACGGGAGAGAUGUCAGUGGUUAGUUCAAAGCCUGUCAUUGGUGAAAAAUCAACAACUCUUUCUGUUUCUGACUGGUGGAAGUUGAUUGGUUCAGUUGAGUGUAAUUCUGAACACCCGGUUGGAAAAGCAUUGACAAAGCUGGCUAGAUCGCAUUGUGGGUUAAGUUUUGAAGAAGAUUCAUUUGACACUUUAAUCAAAGAUGUCAAUAUCUUGCUUGGAGCUGGUAUUGAAGCAAAUAUUACAUUGAAAUCAAUUGAUUACAAUGUACACGUGGGCAACUACAAUCUUGUCAAGGAAAAAUUUCCUCAUUUAUUGGACCAAGUUGACAAGGAGGACUUCAAAUCGGUAAACACUGUAGCCUAUGUUGUCAUCAACGGUGCAUACUCGGGGUUCAUUGAGCUAUCAGAUUCGUUAAAAGAAGGUUCGCGUGAAGUCAUCAACCACUUGAGGGAAUCUGAAGGUUAUAUUAUUGGAAUGGUGACGGGUGACAAUAAAGGAGCUGCUUUACGAAUUGGUAAAGAAGUUGGAAUAUCAGAGCAAAACAUCUACUACGAAGUGUCUCCAAUACACAAAGACAAAGUCAUAUCUGAUUUAAAGGCUAAAUUUGGCCCUAGUGCCAGCAUCGCCUUUGUUGGAGACGGUAUCAAUGAUGCUCCGGCAUUGGCGGGAGCCGAUAUUGGAAUGGCUAUAAGUUCGGGAACUGAUAUCGCCAUUGAAAGUGCCGACAUCGUCUUGCUUGGUGGUCAAAGACGUCAACAAACAGACUUGUAUGGCGUCAUCAAUGCGUUGAAAAUCUCAACAACGACAUUUCAACGAAUUAAAAUGAACUUUGUCUGGGCCGUAAUCUACAACAUAUUUAUGCUACCUUUCGCCAUGGGAUGUUUCUUGCCGUUGAAUUUGAUGUUGCCUCCAGUCGCAGCAAGUAUAGCCAUGAUGAUUAGUUCACUAAGUGUGGUUUUGAAUUCGCUCUUGUUGAAAUUCUACAAAGCACCCAAGAUUGCUCCAGUUGAUAAAUUUGACUUGGAAAUGGCGGUGAAUGAAGAUGACUUUGAUUUGAAAAAUGGUACAGCACAAGAAUUUGAAGUCUGGAAGAGAAGCAAGAGCAGUUGGAGCAAGUUGGGGUUGCACUCAAUUAAACUGAUAUUUACAAAAAGACGUAAUAGGAGAAAUAACGUUCAAGAAUAUCAGUUAGUUUCAGGAAGCUCUAGGGUGUGA